AUCCCCAUGGCGGUAGCAACAUCCUCGUCCCGUUCGAAGUUCGUGAUCAAGACUCGAGCGCACUCAGAUUUAUUCGGGUUAUUCAAUUCCGUAACAUGCCGGGAUGACGCAGGGGUCGGGAAAGGAAAGCCUGCACCUGAUAUCUUUCUCGAGGCCCACAGGAAGUUCCAUUCACCCGAACAAUGUCUUGUAAUUGAAGACGCCUUGAGAGCGGCAAGGAAUGCGAAAAUUUGAAUACCAGGUACGAUCCGAACUCUAGUCCUCCACUUGGGCAUCGAAAAACAGGUCUAGAUCCAAAUUUGCUCGCUUUGCCACGGGAGGAAGGGUUUGUGGAACCGACAGAAACUUUAGGACUUUGAGCCAUCUAAAAUAUGGAUUACCACCUUGGGAGUGCUCGUGCGCGGGGAGAGCAUUGGAAACAUAGGGAUGAUGGUAACCUCUUGGGAUGAUGUAACCAGUAGGGAUGAUGGCCCAACUGGAAGGACUGAGACUGUGCAGAGAAGACAUCCUAAAGCACAAGUCAACGGUGUCGGGAGGAUUUUUUGCAUUCAACAUCGAAAUGAUAACAACGGUGCAAGUGACG